AACCUCUUCUUCUUUCUUCAUCUUCAUCAUCUUCCUCCUUUCGGUGUGCUGUCGCAGCGUUUGUUCUCCACCGGUCGAACGUUUUCCCCACUCUCCGCCCUCCAUUUUCGCUCUAUUUACAGAGCCUGCCACUCCACGGAGCUUCGUCAUCUUCUCCCCCCACUCCCACUCCACAUUCCGGCCAUAUCGCUUCACUCCUCCUCCUCCUCCUCCUCUGCCGGAAACGAAUGUACACACUAUGAGAUUCUCUGACUCUUUACAGCUAAGGCUUCUUCGGUCGUUUGCUUCUCCGAGUAUCUGUCUGUGACUGUAGAUUGCAGUUCAAUCGCUGGUUGAAUUCAUUUCUUGUUCUUGACAUUGAAUCCGAGCUCAAGAUUCGAGUUCAUCAGGUUGACUGUGAGGAGCCGAUUAGGUUUCCCGUGAAUCUGUGCAUGAAUCUCGUAUGUAGGCAUAGGGAAAGACGUCGGGACAUCGGGUUUUGAGUUAUGGUGUCGGCGAAUGACCCGAUUGAAUCCUUUUUCAAUUCGAUUGAGGCGGUAAAGGGCGCUUUGUUGCCGCUCGAGUUGGGCAUUAGGAAGGCAGCUAGGGACAUUGAGUGUUGCUGGCCUGGCCCCAAGAAGAGGGCCGGCAGCAUCGAUUUGAGCGCUCCAUCGAGUGCCAGCGAUAAGAGGAACAAGUUUCAGGUUGGUGUCUGGAAGAAAAAGAAUGCCCCGUGUGUGGUGGGAGAAGAGAAAAAGAAGGGAUUGUCCAUUAAAGUUCCUUUAAAGACCAUCAUGGGCCUGUUUCUGCUGAAUUUGGGUAAUGGGGAUGGAGCCAUUGAAUCGGUGCAGGAGGAAAAGAAGGGUAGUAAAGCUAGGAAUUCCGAUGAAGACAACAAUGGGUCUUGCGGUAAUUGCUUGCAGUUUGCAGUUCAUUGGUCUUUGUUGGCGAAUAGCUUUGUUCAGGCAUUUCCAGCUCCGUUUAAGGCUUACAAGAAACGGAUUCACAGACCAAACGACGAAGCUAAGGAUGGUGUCUACAUGAAACCUAAGGUCGAGUGCGAGCCGAGGCAGAAGGAAUCAAAAAGUCAAGCUGCUAAAGCUGCGGUUCAGAAUAUUAUGGCCAUAAAUCUCGAACCUCUCGAGUGUUUCAUACAUUUCGUUAUCGAUCAGAUUGGACAAAAUCUUCAGAAGCUUGACCACAAAAUACAAGACAAGAAAGAGAAAGAGGGCCACGAUUGUUCUUCAGCCGCCCCAGAUGAUCAUGUUGCUCAGUUUGAUCAUCUUGAGGUGUUGACUAAUAUUUUGGAAGGCCGAAGGGCUGAUGUUAAUGGGUUCUUGGGAAACUUGAGGUUUGCACGAGUUGGUGGGGUGCCUCCGAGUAUGGUUGAUGUUUCUUCUUCAGUUAAUGAAGAGGGAGUGGAUGGUGCUGGGUCAGACAAUAGUGAAGAAGCGGGAGCUAGUAAUUCAGCACAAAAGUUGGCAAGUGGGAUACUUGGCAUUCCUUUGUCAAAUGUGGAGCGCCUGAGAUCUACCUUAUCCACGGUUUCGUUCACAGAACUAAUUGAACUUGUACCGCAGUUGGGACGACCUUCAAGAGACUACCCAGACAAGAAGAAACUCUUCUCUGUCCAGGACUUUUUCAAGUAUACAGAAUCUGAAGGACGGAGGUUCUUUGAGGAGCUGGAUAGAGAUGGUGAUGGCCAAGUGACUCUGGAGGAUCUGGAAAUUGCUAUGAGGAAAAGAAAAUUGCCAAAGAGAUAUGCUCGAGAAUUUAUGCGGCGCGCCAGAAGUCAUUUAUUUUCGAAAUCAUUCGGUUGGAAGCAGUUCUUGUCUUUGAUGGAGCAGCGAGAACCAACCAUUCUUCGAGCGUACACUACUCUAUGUUUGAGCAAAUCUGGGACACUCCAAAAGAGUGAAAUUUUGACGUCUCUCAAAAAUGCUGGCCUACCAGCAAAUGAUGAUAAUGCUGUUGCUAUGAUGCGAUUUCUUGAUGCCGACAAGGAAGGAUCUAUUUCAUAUGGGCAUUUCCGGAGCUUUAUGCUUCUACUUCCUUCUGAUCGACUCCAAGAUGAUCCUAGAAAUGUCUGGUUCGAGUCAGCUACUGUGGUUGCUGUUGCCCCGCCCGUGGAAAUACCUGCUGGAAGUGUCCUGAGAUCUGCAUUGGCAGGAGGUCUUUCCUGUGCUCUUUCUACUUCCUUGAUGCACCCAAUCGAUACGAUAAAGACUCGGGUGCAAGCAUCAACACUAUCAUUCCCAGAAAUCAUUGCAAAACUCCCAGAAAUUGGAGUUCGUGGAGUAUACAGGGGUUCAAUACCUGCUAUUAUCGGACAAUUUUCAAGCCAUGGCCUGAGAACGGGAUUUUUUGAAGCUACUAAGCUCGUGUUGAUAAAUUUCGCCCCCACAAUUCCUGACUUCCAAGUUCAAUCUGUGGCAUCAUUUUGCAGCACCGUUCUAGGGACAGCAGUGCGGAUCCCUUGCGAGGUCUUAAAGCAGCGGUUACAGGCUGGCCUCUUUGACAAUGUUGGGGAGGCUAUUGUUGGGACUUGGCAGCAAGAUGGUCUUAAGGGCUUCUUCCGUGGCACUGGUGCCACCCUGUGUCGAGAGGUCCCAUUCUAUGUAGCUGGCAUGGGACUCUAUGAGGAGUCCAAGAAGCUUGCCCAGCAUCUUCUAGGGCGGGAACUUGAGCCAUGGGAAACCAUUCUCGUGGGAGCUCUAUCUGGGGGCCUAGCUGCUGUCACGACUACGCCCUUUGAUGUCAUGAAGACAAGGAUGAUGACAGCCCCACAGGGCCAACCCGUCUCGAUGUCAAUGGUGGCCUUCUCAAUACUGCGGCGAGAGGGACCUCUUGGUCUAUUCAAAGGUGCAGUGCCUCGCUUCUUCUGGAUUGCCCCUCUUGGUGCCAUGAACUUUGCAGGGUAUGAGCUCGCUAGGAAGGCCUUGAACAAGCAUGAGGAGGCUGCAGCUACAGGUACAGCUACUGAUCAGUAGCGGCUUCCCAAGUAGUAGGCGAAUUCAAAUCCUGACUAUAGUGUGAGGUUCUUUCGCCAGAAGUGAAGUGGCAUGUGCGCUGCUCGGGCCUCCGCCAGUUUAAUAACCAAUCCGAUGCUGUCGUGAGAUUUUGUGCUUUCUUUUUCCGAUACUUUGUUUAAGCAGCAUUGCAGAUUGAAAUUUCAUCUGUCGACACCACCUGACUAUCCGUGACAAAAAUUUUGCCAAUUACUUCGUCCGAAUACAUGGCUCGGUUUUUGUUUUUGUAUCAUUCUCUCGGUUCUCUCUGCUUUGUAACUGCAUUUUGUAUACUCUCUGAAAAUUCUCAAUGCAAUUACAAUUCCUACGGAUUCAA